UCCCCGGCGCAUGCGCAGAGGCUAACAGCGGUGGCGUCUUCCCCUAGACCGAGCAACGCUGGUGCUUGGUGGGUCAGUCGGCAUCCAGCGGGGGCGUCGUCUUCGAUUUCGGAUGUAACGCGGUCCGGGGCUGCGACCAGCGACUGGAAACCCCCGCCGUCUCUCCGCCACCCAAGCGGGAGAAGAGGGCAUGCCGGGCAGGGAGUGAGAGCGGGGUGGCCUGCACCCUGUUUUCUUCGGGGAGGCGCCCGCGGUGAUGGCUUAGAAUCAAUAGAAACAAGAUGUGAAUGGAUGGACAUCGGGAAAAUCUGAUGUAAGCUUCUUUAAUUAGGACCCUUUCUGCAUUUACAGGAGACUCUUUUCUCCCAGGGCCAAGCUGGUUCUCUUAUAUUUUGAAAAGACACCCAUUUUCUUGCUGGGAAAUCACAUAUCCAUAUAAAUGCAGUAUAUGUAUGUAAAAGAAGACUGCAAAGCUAUGGCUUUCUGUGCAAAAAUGAGAAGUUCAAAGAAAAAUGAAAUCAGCACAGAAGUUCAGGAGCAAGGACUGGAAGUAAUCUUCUACUUACAAGAAAAGCCUUCCUUUUGUUAUACACGUGGCAAGUACACAGCAGAAGAACUUUGCAUUGAAGCUGCACAAAAAUGCUCUAUUUCUCCUUUGUGCCACAAUUUGUUUGCCCUCUUUGAUGAAAGUAGAAAGCUUUGGUAUGCACCAAAUCAUGUCUUCUGUAUUGAUGACAAAACUUCACUUCGUGUUUAUUAUCGCAUGAGGUUUUACUUUACUAAUUGGCAUGGAACAAAUGAAAAUGAGCCAUCUGUCUGGAGGCAUUCUCCAAAGAAGAAGAAUUCUUAUGAAACCAGAUCAGUACCAGAUGGAACACCACUCCUUGAUGCAAAUUCAUUAGAGUAUCUCUUUGCCCAGGGUCAGAAUGACUUGGUAAAAGGUCUUGCGCCUCUUCGGGAAGCUAAAAACGAUCAAGAAUCACAUGAAAUUGAAAAUGAAUGUUUGGGUAUGGCUGUACUUGCAAUAUCUCACUAUUUAAUUAAAAAAAAACUGGGGUUAAAAGAACUUCCCCAAGAUAUCAGCUAUAGACAGUAUAUUCCAGAAACAUUGAACAAGAAAAUUAGACAAAGAAACUUCUUAACGAGAAUACGAAUUAAAAAUGUUUUCAAGAACUUCCUCAAGGAAUUUAACAACAAGACCAUUUCUGACAGCAGUGUUUCUCCUCAUGAUCUGAAAGUGAAAUAUUUAGCCACAAUGGAGACAUUGACAAAGCAUUAUGGAGCUGAAAGAUUUGAGACAUCCUCACUGCUGAUUUCAUCAGAAAAUGAGAACUUUAACUUGGAUGCUUCUGAAACAAUAAUUCCCUGUUAUGAAGUGAUGGUGACAGGCAAUCUUGGAAUCCAAUGGCGACGUAAACCGCUUAUUAUACAAAGUGAAGAGGAAAAACAAAAAAUUAAGAAAAAAAAAUCUGACAACAAAGUGGAGAAAAAUGAAGAAAAAAACAAAAGGGAGGAAUGGAACAGUUUUUCUUACUUUCCUGAAAUAACUCAUCUUGUGAUCAAGGAAUCUACAGUUUGCAUCUACAAACAAGAUAACAAGAGGUUGGAAUUUAAACUAUCUUCACAUGAAGAAGCUUUGUCGUUUUCUGCUUUGGUAGAUGGAUACUUCAGGUUGACUGCAGAUGCCCACCACUUUCUUUGCACAGAUAUUGCACCACCUCUGAUAGAACAUAACAUUAAAAAUGGCUGCCAUGGUCCAAUUUGCACAGAAUAUGCUAUUAAUAAGCUGAAACAGGAAGGCAAUGAAGAAGGGACAUACGUAUUGAGAUGGAGCUGUACAGACUUCAACAACAUUCUCUUGACUGUGAUAUGUAUUGAAUACUCACAGCACUCGACGAAUCAUCCCAAACAGUAUAAGAACUUCCAGAUAGAAAUGAAGAAGGAUGGAUGUCUCUUGCAUGGAUCUGAUAAAUUCUUUCCAUCACUUAAAGAGUUGAUGGACCAUUUAAAAGGGCAGAUCCUAAGAACAGAUAACAUAGUCUUCACUCUCAAGCGAUGCUGUCAGCCAAAACCAAGAGAAAUCUCCAAUUUGCUAGUAGCUACAAAGAAAUCCCAAGAGUGGCAGCCAGUCUGUCCUUUAGGUCAACUGAGCUUUCAUCGAAUACUUAAAGAAGAAAUAAAGCAAGAUGAACAUCUUGGCAGAGGAACAAGAACACAGAUUUACUCUGGGAUUCUUAGCUAUAAGGACGAUGAAAGUUAUCAGGGGGAAAUGCAGAUUAAAGUUAUCCUGAAAGUCUUAGAUCCAAGCCACAGAGACAUUUCUCUGGCAUUUUUUGAGACAGCAAGCAUGAUGAGGCAAAUAUCCCAUAAGCACAUUGUCCUCCUUCAUGGAGUUUGUGUACGUGAUGUAGAAAACAUUAUGGUGGAAGAAUUAGUUGAGUUUGGGCCUCUGGAUCUUUUUAUGCACCGCAGGAGUGAUGUUCUUACAACACCUUGGAAAUUCAAAGUAGCAAAACAGUUGGCAAGUGCCUUGAGCUACCUGGAGGACAAAAACUUAGUACAUGGAAAUGUGUGCACAAAAAAUAUACUAUUAGCAAGAGAAGGAAUCGGAAAUGAAUAUGGACCUUUUAUAAAACUGAGUGACCCAGGAAUUCCAGUUACGGUGCUAUCUAGACAAGAAUGUGUUGAACGUAUUCCUUGGCUGGCUCCAGAAUGUGUGGAAGAUUCCAAAAAUUUAAGUGUGGCAGCAGAUAAGUGGAGUUUUGGGACCACUUUAUGGGAAAUUUGCUACAAUGGAGAAGUACCACUUAAAGAUAAGACCUUAGCAGAGAAGGAGAGAUUUUAUGAAGGUCAUUUCACACUUCCAGCCCCAUCGUGCAAGGAGCUGGCUGACCUGAUGAAGCAGUGCAUGCACUAUGACUCCAGUCAGAGGCCGUUCUUUAGAGCAAUUAUGCGGGAUAUCAACAAGCUAGAAGAGCAGAAUCCUGAUAUUGUCUCAGAGAAGAAGCCUAAUGCAGAGAUUGAUCCUACAAUAUUUGAAAAGCGUUUCUUGAAGCGGAUCCGUGAUUUAGGCGAGGGCCAUUUUGGCAAAGUUGAACUCUGCAGGUAUGACCCUGAAGGUGAUAAUACAGGAGAACAAGUAGCUGUAAAGUCACUGAAACCUGAUUGCGGUGGGAAUCACAUUGCUGACCUUAAGAAGGAAAUUGAAAUUCUAAGGAAUCUUUAUCAUGAAAACAUUGUGAAAUACAAAGGAAUCUGCACUGAAGAUGGUGGUAACGGAAUUAAGCUUAUCAUGGAGUUUCUUCCUUCUGGGAGCCUGAAAGACUAUCUCCCUCGAAACAAAACUAAGAUCUUCCUGAAACAACAACUGAAAUACGCUGUACAAAUCUGCAAGGGAAUGGAUUAUCUGGGAUCUCGACAGUAUGUUCAUCGAGACUUAGCAGCAAGGAACGUUCUAGUUGAAAAUGAGCAGAGGGUAAAGAUUGGGGACUUUGGACUGACUAAAGCCAUUGAAACGGAUAAGGAAUACUACAAAGUGAAUGAUGAUCGAGACAGCCCUGUAUUCUGGUAUGCUCCUGAAUGCCUAUUACAGAGCAAAUUCUAUAUUGCGUCAGACGUUUGGUCUUUUGGAGUGACCCUCUAUGAACUUUUGACUUACUGUGAUUCUGAGUGUAGUCCAAUGGCAGAAUUCUUGAAUAUGAUUGGCCCAACUCAAGGCCAGAUGACAGUCACACGGCUAGUACGCAUAUUAGCAGAUGGGAAACGGUUGCCUUGUCCUAAAAACUGUCCUGAAGAGGUUAACCAACUGAUGAGAAAGUGUUGGGAACAGGACCCUGGUGAGAGGACAACUUUUCACAAUCUGAUUCAAGGCUUUGAAGCACUUAUAAAGAAGUUAUAAUCUAACAUUUUUAUAUUGUUAUCGUUAAAUAGUUCAAAAGAUAAUGCCUAUUGCUACAUUUUGUAAUUUUGCAAUUCACCCUAUUAAUUCUUUUUUGCUUGGAAACAAGACUUUGCUACUCAGUCACCCCAAGCAGUAAAAGCAUUGAGCACUUGGCAGUCAACAUCUGUGGGAUGGCCAGAACUGUUGUAUUUCAAUCAUCUAGGUUCUGACUGGUGAAAAUAAAAUUGGUCUACGUAACAUUUGAAUGUUAUCAAAAUUUUUAAAAGGAAGCAGUAGUUUUGUCAGAAUAAUGAUUCAGGCCUUAAGGUAUGCAGCCUAUUAUAUUACUUCUUCAUGAACGCCUUUAAAAACGUAUAUUAUGCAAAAAUGCUAAUGCUUUUUUUUGCUGGAAGAGCCACACAAAUAUUCCUAUUCAUUGAGAAGGAUUGGAUCUGUACUCCUCAAACUCAGCUAUCCCAUGUAACUGAGUAGAAUAUUUUUGAAAUCAUUUUAAAGUGAAAAUGUUUAUAUUGUAUUAUGGACACUUGCUGUUCAUAAGAAUAAAAUGGAAGAAAUCACUAUAAAGCAUACUGUUGGGGAAAUCAUCAGUUCUUUAGAUCCCAGCCUGUUUCUUUUUGUAUAUUGUGUAUUUGUAAACUUGUUUCCUGUAUGCUCGGUGCCACCCAGCCCCCAUCACAUGUAUAGAGCAGAGGCUUCCUCUAGUCAUUCAUCCUAGGACAUUGUUGAUGCUUUCAUUUAUUUACUUCCCUUUAAAUGGAAAGCUGAGGAAAAGAUUUGCUUGAAAUGGUCCAUCUAAAUUUGUCAUUCUUGGUUUGGAGGAGAAUGUUGGAUUAGGGCUUUUGGGCCAUGGCCAAAUGCCAAUGGUUGCUCCUUUUAUUAUCAAGGGAAGUUUCUAAAUAAAAUACUCAAAUAACUCCAUUUUUUUUUCAUACAGUGGGUAUUCUGAUUCUUAUGCUGGAAUGCAGGAUUUUUAUACACCCAUCUUUUAUAUGUGAGGAAAAUAGGUAAAUGGAAGAGCAUUAUGUCAAUACUGAAGUGACACAUGCCUGAUAAUAUUUUCAGUAAACGUCGUAUAGCAGAUCAACAGACUAAGCAGCUAGCCACAAGAAGUGAUCUGUGUGUAUCUUUAUUUUGAACUGCAAUGCCCUCACUGCAUUGAGGAUGUUGCCAGAGAUAAAAUAUAACUUCAACAAUAAUGUAUGUAUUAUACCUGCAGUUUAUAAAGGAUAUAGUAGUCAGAACUUUACAGGUUAGGAAAGACCUUGAGCUGGAUCCAGGUUUAAUCACAGUUAAAGAAUGCCUCUUGAUUUCAUUGGUCAUUUCUAAGUAGACUUGACCUAAUCCAUUGAAUCUAAAUAAUACUUGUCCCUUCUAUUUUUUGAGUUGGAGGAAAAUGGCAAUAUGCAUAUAUGUGGAAUGGAGCCAUAUUGCUUGAUUUACCAGAUUGUCCUUUUCCUAUGUCAAUUCACUAGUCUUUUUAGGUUAAAAAAAUUAGGGGCAUUCUUUAAAGGGAAGCUAUUCUUUCCUAAAAUAAAAUAAUGCAUUUGCAAAAUAAUUCAGAAUUUGCAAUAAUGUAAAAUGUAAUUUUAACCCUAACCCAUCUUUCAAAUUGCCUGUUCUUUUCUGUAAUCUAUAAAUAUUCUAUAUGCACUUUGUUAUUCUUUAUUAAAAAAAAAAACCCUGAUUUUAUCCAGGAAUGUUUAUCCAUUUUUAAAAAAUGUUCUAAAAAAGGGCUGUGUGCUCAAGCCUGUACUUAGCAUGCUUUGAAGUGAUUGUCUGAUCCAUUUCAGAUGGCCAUUUUUGUGUUUUGUCGUGUUCAUGUCCAUUUUCCCUAUUUUAUUUCCCUAUUCCAUUUUAUUGAUUUAUUUGCAAUACAGUACAAAAACAUUUACUGUACAACUAUUUAUACAUACCAAGUUGAAUGCCUUGGAAAGUCAAAUUUGUAUGUUCUGGCUUACAUACAAAUUCGGCUUAAGGACAGACCUUGGGAAUUUGUUCUUAAACUUGGGACUACUUGUAAAGGCUACCAAAAGUGGCUUCCUUCCCCCAGACCACCCAAAAGCACAUUGGUCAAAACCCAUUGGUUAGUGUCAAGGAUGACUUUUAGGUCUAAUUCUACAGAAUAGCUGCCUGUUGCAGUUAAGCUGCCAUUGAACUCAAUGACACAACCCUGAUAACAUUUCAACCAGACUUAAAUACAUGAUUAUGCCAAAGCCACCGUAGGAUUAAAAAACAAAACAAAAAACCUUCAUAGAAGCUAUGGGGAAAGGGUGCUACAUGUACUUCUUGGGGACGUAUGUUCCAAAGCAUUGGAGGCACUAUAGAGAAGUUGUAUAUGACAUAUUUAUAUGGUUUUUCAUUUAUUUAAUAAGUCCAUCUCACUCAUUUGGAUUAUUUUUGCCUCUACAUGAUACUGAAUCAGUUCAAAAUCUGCAUGUAAAUAUAUGUAGAUACAGAUGGAUAUACAAGUAGGGGUGAUUAUUGCUCUGUUCCUUCUACUAUUUCAUAAAGAACUGCUGGAUAUUAAAUGUUUGGUCUACUACUGGAUACAUACUGGAAAUUCGGUCUAGUUCCAACACAAGACCUCUGCGCUGACCACCACCUCCCAUAAUCUAUAUAAUGAAGCCUUUUAUACAGCUGCUCAGGGUUAAACCAAGGAAGAGUAGUCAUCAUUUGAGGUGGUAUGGGUAAAGGAAGAAGACACUAAUACAAUUUAUUGCAUUUCUACUUUUUUCCCAUUCACAUCUUACAUAUGUGUAGAAAGUUGCAAUUUCAGGGCAUGGACAGAGGUAAUUAUGAAUUCAUGCUAUUGUGAUAUAUUAAUAGAGCUAUAACAUUAAGGUUGUGGACAAAGGCCUAGAUACAGAUUUAUAUUAAGCCAGUCAGGUGGUUGCUCCCUUCUACUCUCUACUAUAGGCAUACAUUAGGGAGGGGUGGUUUGUAAACCAUCUAAAGAACUAACUUGGUAAAGAUACAAUCCUGCAGUAGGACUUUAUCGUAAUUGCUUAUAUCCUAAAUUUCCGAAGACAUAACACUAUUGCAGAAAAAAAGAUUUGAUUGGUUGCCAAAUUUGUGCAUUGUGCCUCUCUCCCUUUUCCUUCUUCAGCUGAUUUAACCUCUUUCAAUAUUAACAAGGUGGAAUAAGCUAGCCAUAUAGGCUUGUAAGAACAUUAACUUGCCAGUUUAUUUAUGAAGAGCUUGACUGGUCCAAAAGUAAUGGAAAUGAAAUGAGACCAAUACAUAAACAAGGCGGGUCCAACUAAGAUUGCACUAUACGGGUAGUCUUUGGGUUAAGAACACCUGGUUUAAGGACGACUCAUAGUUAAGAACAGAACCUACUGUAGCAAAAUCUGAG